UCGACAUAGAGUCCUAAAAUUGACAGUGCGUCUACCGCUAGGAAAAAGUCUUAUCUUACACCGCGCUGUCGAAAGCAUCUGCCCUUUUGAUGUGGUCUACACGGUUGGACUUCCAAAUGAAUUAUAGCUGAUCCGCCAUGAUGACCUGUUUGGAAUAAUCUGAUCACAGUACCGAAAGGUAAUCAAAGUGUAUCAGCCAAUUUAUUAUAAUGAAAUUGAAAGUUUGAACACAGCUAUGGCCUUGGUGACAGCCCAUGUUGACAUUGCCUGCACCUCGGUUUUUUUUUAAUUAAAUUUUAACAACAUUUGAAGGGGACAGUUUGGUUGAGUUUAGCCAAUCACUAAACAAUUCAAUUAGUUCGGUUGUACGACCCCCUUCCCCUUUAAAUUUGGAGGUAAUUGUGGCACCGCGCAGGAACAAGAUAACUGUCAGAAAGGAAUAUUCUGGGAAAUCUUUGCUGUUUAUUCAGAGGACUAAUUCAUUGACAAAGCCGUAGAAAAGGCGUAGCCUUGCACCCACAUAUAUACUUCUAAUAUAUAAGGCCUGUAUGCGUACACUAAUAUCACUAGAUUCCUUAUUUCCUUUGGCGAGCUUUAUUAGCAUGCUGUCAAAUACGUAACCACCAUAUGGAGUCGCUAAGCUGUAAAACAAACACUUGCGUUUCUACACACCGCUCACGCGGUUAGCAACUGAAAUCCAACGCAUGUUUAUAGCUUUUGAGUGACAAGUUUGCAGGGAAGAGCUGUGUCACUUUUAUAUAACGACAAAGACGUCGAAAUAACAUUUUCUUGUUUGGAAACGACUAUUGUUUUCUUUAAGUGCGUUUUUAACUGAUAUGGAAUCAUCUCUGGAGUUCUCAAACUCGUUUACCAGUGUUUCUUCACCAGCCGCCCGUUAUCGGAUUUUCAAGAUCAUUGUGAUAGGGGACUCCGGGGUCGGGAAGACCUGCCUCACCUACCGGUUGUGUGCGGGGGAGUUUCCCGAACGGACUGAAGCCACUAUCGGUGUUGAUUUCCGGGAGAGACUGGUCGAUGUUCAAGGAGAGAAAAUUAAGCUCCAGCUGUGGGACACCGCGGGCCAGGAACGGUUCCGAAAGUCCAUGAUCCAGCAGUACUAUCGGAACGUCCAUGCGGUUCUGUUGGUGUAUGACGUCACCAGGCCGGCCACGUUUAGAGGGCUCUCAGCUUGGGUAGAAGAGUGCCGGCAGAAUUUGGUGGGCCCGGAGAUACCCAGGUUCCUCGUGGGAAACAAGAGCGACCUCCGUGACGUCCACAGACGUGACCCCCGUGCCCCCCAAAACGAAGGCCAGGUCUCCAGAGAGCAGGCCCGGGAGUUUGCCACGGCCCACCGGAUGGUUCUGUUCGAGACCUCCGCCAAAAGCCCUGCCGGGGGAGGCUUAGGAGGAGCGCCAGGGGGGGUCAAACAGGACAGCGUGGAGGCCAUGUUUAUGGCUCUGGCCUCCAGGCUGAAGAGGCAGGCGAGACCUCCUUCCCUGGUUCUCAGCACCGGAGUGUCUGGUUCCUAUGGUGGGUCAUACACUGGGGCGGGUUCGUUCAGACUGCCAGCAAAGAAGAACCCCGAGAAGGACUUCUGGACCUGUAACUGCUGAGGGGGUGGGGGGAGGGAUUAGCGGGAGGAUGGAGUGAACUCUUGAGGACCAUCCCCCUGAAGAACUGAACUGUGUUUGUUGACCAUGCUCUGAGGGAGGGACGGAAGGGCACUCUCUGUUCCUUAAACCUUUGGGCCUGGACCCUGGCACGUGAGAGGUGGGCCGUGAGUGGCGAAACGACUCCUAUAAUCACGCACUCUUUAUUUGAAGGUCUGUUUGGGUCACGCAAGUAUGGUGAAUCUCUUGUUUUGGUCACGUGAGCACGAUCACCUUCUCGUUUGGGUCAAGGGAGCAUGGGGUUUUGAGAAGUUGGGCAUAAUGGGGUUUGCUGUGUCUAAUAUACACUUGCUAAGGGCUUCCCCCCCCCCCCCUAUUCUUUUUAAAUACGACACGUUGCAGAGUUCUGUUAUUCACCCCUUAGUUGUGAUAUAUUGGCCAUAUACCACAAACCCCUGAGAAACCUUAUCUUUACCAUGAACUGGCGAACAAUGCAAUGAGACCAGAAAGUACACCACAGAAACCACUAUCUCAUACCAGGGCUUUUAGCCAAUCACCAUUUAUGGGUCUGAACCAACUGGUUUAUACUUAAACUUAAUGACACUUGUGAAGUUGGGCAUGAACAGACAUGAUGUUUUCAUGUUUCAGGAAAGUUGUCAUGACUGAAUGUAAGAUGACUAUCUACAUUCUUAUUUUUAACUUGUAUAAAUGUCAAUAAAGCAAUCAAUGUUCUCUGCAAAAUUUG